AUGGCCCACAAAAGGAAGCAGCCACAGAGGGCCCCAGUGGCACAUAAGGCUCCCCCACCAGAGGAGGAAAAUCCCAGGGUGAGAUGUUGGAAAUGUGGGGCCUUUGGGCACAAGGCAAGCAGCCUCAGGUGUCCCAUGAAGCGUCAGGGUGGGGCCUUAGCCGCCCAUGCCCUGGGCUCCAAUGAGAUGAAGGAGAACCGGAAUCCUUGGAAUCCCAGGGACCUGAGCCACCGAGCGCCCUUCAACAAGGCUGCUAGGUUAACCCAGCAGAGAGUUCGGAAUGAACAACACAGACAGGAUCUUCGUCAGAGAUUACAACAGAGAGCCCGAGGAGGGCCCCAGCACAACUGGAAGGACAAGACCGAAUCCUGUGACUACGUGAGGGUGAGAUGCUGGAACUGCAGGGCCUUUGGGCACAAGGCAAGCAGCCACAGGUGUCCACUGAAGCACAGGAAUAGGGCCCUAGCCCCCCAGGCUAUGGACUCCAACAAGAUCAAGGAGAACCUGAAACCACGGAAUCCCCGUGUUCAGAAGAACCCAGGACGCUUUAACAGGGCUGCUAGGGAGACUGAGCAGAGAGCAUGGAUCCAGGGCCUGGACCAAACCCUCAUCCACCAGCCACAGGCCAAGUUCCCUGAUGGGAACUCACACAGCAUCCAACAUGCUAUUGACCACAGUGUGGGCCAGGACGCUGAUCUCAUAAUCAAGGUGCCUGGCAAGAAAGCUGCCCAGACCUCCAGCCAGACCUGCCAGAAGCCCCAAAAGAAACCCAGACUCAGCCCCUACCUGAAGAGCACCCAAAGUCCUGACCUCCAGCCUCUGUACCAGGGCCCUCUGAUCAAGACUCUCCAGCCCUGCCACGUGUCCCAGUUCCCACCAAUUCCUGGGGUUCCAGACCAGCCCCGCAGAAAGGUCUUCCAGAUAUCAGACAAAGGUCCAUGGAGCUCUAUGCCUAUGACAACUCAUUCCCACCCUCCUGCUGAGAAGCUCACCGCCUUUGCUCAGAUCUCUCCCACCACCGAGAAGUCAGAGGCACUCUGUCCCUGUGUCCCCUUGAGUGUCCUCCUUGAAGCCCUUCAGCUUUCCUCUUCCUCUGAAGGUGAUGGCCAGUGA